UGGUAACUUGGUUUUAGAUAAAAGAAAAGUCCAAGUAAAAAGAUGAUUAGAUACUGUUAAUAUAGAAGAAAAAAAUAACAAUGUUCUUCCCAUACUAAAUAAUAGUUGACUGUCAGGAUUUAUAGAUGCAGAAGGUUGUUUUAAUGUUACACUUUUUAAAAGAAAAUCUAUGACUUUAGGCUAUCAAGUUAAACUAAGAUUUAUGAUUGACCAAAAAGAUAGCUUGGAUAAUAUGCUCUUUAUAAAGGACCAGUUAAAUCUGUUUUUAACUAACAGAAAGCUUAAAAAAGGUACUAUUGGUACUAUGCAUAGAAUAGAAAGCAAUUCAUUUGUUAAGGUCCCACUUAUAAUUGAAUAUAUCUAUAGAUUUAGAUUAAAAACUAAAAAACAAGAGUCAUUUGACAAAUGAGUAACAGUUUAUGAGUUAGUAAAAAACAAGGCUCACCUUACAGAAAAAGGACUUAAUGAAAUAAGAAAACUAAGUAAAGAGGUCAAUAUAAUCACUAGUAUUA